ACCCAUACGGGUUUCGGGUUAGCAGUUGAUAUCAUUUACGCAUCACAUACGCUUAAUAGCAGAGGAACGGCCAACAUGAUGGAUGCGCAGCUUAAAUCAGCCAUAAUCGCAUGCCGAGCUUCCUGUAAAGGAUCUAUUCAGGCUCUUUCAGGGAAACAACCAGCUCUGGACAUAUCUCCAAACAUAGGAGAUGCUUUCGCUCAAUGUCUCGUCAAUUUUCGUCAAACUGUCACUUCUCUCGGCAUGGCAUUCAAACCACCAGUGACUGUGUCUGCUGCUACGCAACAACUGGAGAAAAUCACUGAUCAGAUGGGUCAGCUUAUAGGCUGUGUACUUAUCACGCACGGGGAGAUGGGUAAGGAGUGGAAAGAAGGGAUUUUGGACAUUGGUGCUGAAGUGGAGAGACAUCUGGAUGUCUUGGAGGCCGAAGGUGAUUAUCUUCAGUCAACAGGAAAGGUUUGGGAAGCAAUAGAUAGAAUGUCAAGAGAUCUGUCAAGAGACGAAAAGUCCGCAAUCAUCAGACGGUGGAAAAUCCAUCAGAGCAUCGUCAAGGACGCCUGGGAUGAAUUCAAGGAGAUUUUGGAGGACAGUCAAAAUAGGGAUGACGACGGAGGGUGGGAUGAAUUAGGACUUGGUGGUACAUCUUUAUCGGAGGAGGAGAAAAGCCGAGCAGAGGCUAUAAAGCCUCUUCUUUCCUUGCACCAGCUUCUCCACGCCAGUAUACCUCGGUAUUUCGAUCAAGCAGAGGACCAUUUGCAAGCUCUGCUCGAAGAUUCUUCCAAAUUCGUAGACUGUUACGAUGAGCUUGUUUCUAGUUUGCAUCCAGAGCAAGAUGAAGAGGAGAUUGACAGUGCCUUAAGCGAUAUUGAAAAAGUAUCACGCGGAAUGGCAAGCCUCGUAGGGAAUGUGUCGACAGAUAAGUGGGCUAUAAAGUACGACAUAGAAAAGGGGAAGUGGUCAGAUAGAAAGUUUGACAUGCGAUCAUUAGCGGUUGCCAUUGAGUAGAGCGUGAAUGCAUUCAGAAUGACG